AUGAAUCCAGCUGAAGCAGGCUUCGGCAAAAGCGUCCUUUCUGGUACAGUAAUUGAGGAUCUCAGCAUCGAAGCAGGCAAUCUAAGCAUUGACGACGAGCUUGAGUCGCCCUACACCGCAUUCUAUCAUUUCAACGCAGCUCACUCGUAUUGUAUUCACCCCGACGAUGCUUUCCGAGCGCUGACAAACCAGCUCCUACAUACGCAUCGCCAUGACCGAUCCACGAUGGAUGCUGUGUCCUUACUCAUACGCAAACUUCCACCUCAAGCAAAAGCAACCUCGGACGACGUUCUUUCCGUCCUUGCACUUCUUCUUCGACAACACCCAACCUUUCUUGUCAUUGACGGUGUUGAUGAGUGUAGUGAUAUCGACCUAUUGCUUCGAUCCAUUCCAGAGCUUUGCCGCAAGUCUGAUACACGCGUUAUCCUGUUCGGCAGACCGCACAUCAAGAUUCCAAACGAGUAUCACAAGUGGGCUUCAGAUGCGCCUCACAUCAUAUUACUCAACGACAACAGCAACAAUCACGAUGUAACAGCUUAUAUCAUCGAUAACCUCCAUGAGCUUGCCGACCAAGGCUACUUUGGUAUAUCCGUGGACAGGUCAUUGAUCACAGCUAUUGCGAAAAAAUGCAAAGGCAACUUUCUCUGGGCGAGCUCGCUUCUGAGAUUCCUACGAUCGGACGUCAUGACUCCCGACGAACGCUGUGCGAAGCUGGAAAAGCCUUAUGAAUUGAAUGGUUUGGAAGCUAUAUACGCCCACAUUCUAAUAUUGCUCGAGUUGAGACCAGACGCACAAAGACGCUUCACCGCCAGCGUUUUCCGAUUGCUGGCGUUGGGGGUUCACCGGCCGUGCAUGCGAGGAUUCCAAAAAGCUGUCAAUGUCACUCCCGGCGAACGUACUAUCGACUCUGGCCCCAAUUUUGUCAUCAACGAAGCCAUUCCUUUCCUUACAUGCGGCCUAGUGGAAGUCACACCCUGCAACAUGAUAUUCACGCACAAGUCCUUCAAAGAGCACCUUCAGGCUGUUGACGCUCAGACAAGUUCGUUCAGUCUCCAAGAUGAGAGUCUUGCGCACGCACAGCUGGCUGCCACCUGCAUCUCGUUCCUUGCAUUCGACAUCCCUAAACGACCAUUAGGAGAUAACAACCCCCAUGUGUCUCAGCUGUUGCUAUCGACACAGCAGGUACGAAGUAGUGGUACAAGCAUGCAGACGAAUAAAUCUGGCGAUAGCGGAUACAAAUCUAUGUCGUCUGCUCCUUCAAGCUCGCAACACCAACUCGCAGUCCCGGGAUCGUCGACUACACCUCUCUCCUCGCUACAAGCACCAUGCCAGCCAGAUUGGGACGCCGACCUCCCCUUCCUCCGCUAUGCCUCCCUCUGCUGGCCCAUCCACCUAACCCGCGCCCUUACCUCCCCUCCUCCCUCUUCCUAUCUUCCGCCCGGGCCACCUCAGUAUCCCUGGCUCACACCACUCUCAACCUUCCUCACCGACCGCGCCGCAGUGACCACCUGGGUCGAAGCCUCCUGGCGCUACAAACUCCCACCCAACCUUUCGAGACUAGUGCCGUUGUUAGAAGUCGUGAAGAGUAAGACGCCGACGGCUACGGCGGAGGGAAGGGAACUGAGGUGGGUGGUGCAUGGGGUGAGAGAGCUGAGUGAGGGAUUGAAUGCGGUGAGAGAGGGCUGGGGCACAAGGGUCAAGGAGAAUCCAGGGUUGGUCUGGGGUGGAGAGGCGGACGGGGCAUGGUGUAAUUAG